CAAAAUCCGACGUACAGAAGCAUUUUAAAACCCACUAGCUUAUCCAUUCUAUUGAUAUACACGAACAAUCUGUUCGUUCUCAUCUGCGAUCACUUCAAUUCUUUUCUUCACUUCGAAAAUAUAGCUUUGUUCUUUUCCGAGAGAAGUCAUAUAUUUUCAUAGUUCAUACUUCACUUCUUUUCCGGCUCAUCUCUUUCAAACGGCAAUUGGGCAACGGUCGAAGUGUUUCUGUCAAGCAAGCUAAAGGACUGAAACAGAGGUAGGAUUAUCCUGGGAGCGAGUUGGCCAGUCCCGUUCGAGUAGCUAUCGAGAUACGGGGGCUAUCUUUCUUCAAGGCCAGUCCGAAAGAUAUUAUAUCUCGAGUUUUGAAAAUCCAAUAUGACGAACUUGGAAAAUGCUGCUACUUCUGAAAACGUUGUUGUUGAGAAUAAUGUGAAUGAAACCCCUGAAAAUAAAGUUAAUUCUGUGUUUGUGACUAAUUCUGGAGACACACCUGAAUUUGUUGCUAUGGGCUCUCACAGGGUUGAUUUGACCGGAAUGCCUGAAAAAUUUUCCGGGCAUUUUUUCAAGCGUUGGCAACAACGCAUGAAAAUUUGGUUAAUCACCAAGGGGUUGCUCUCGGUAAUUAUGACGGUGUGUCCCCCCGUUGUCGAGUCUGAUCCCAAAAGUGUUGAACGCCAAACUUUAUGGCGUGAGAGGAAUGAAAUAGCCAAAGGAAUGAUAUUGUUGGGACUCUCCGACAUGUUAUUUGAUGUCUAUUGCACCCUCCACGGCACGGCUAAAGACCUUUGGGAUGAGUUGGAUAGGAAAUAUAAUACUGAUGACCAUGGUCUAGAAAAGUAUAUUGUUUCCAAAUUCUUGAGAUUCGACAUGAAAGAGGGAAAAUCUGUUUUAGAACAAACACAAGAAUUUGAGCUUAUCUUACAUUCUCUCCGUGAAGCAGAUAUGGAAUUGCCUGAAAAAUUUAAAGUCAUGGCUGUAAUUGAAAAAUUCCCCAAAUCGUGGGAAGAUUUUGGUUUGACUUUAAAACACAAAAUGAAAAAGAUAACUUGGAAAAGUUUGAUGCAUUCCAUUACUGUUGAGGAAGAACAUAAGAAAGCGGGUUAUAUUGUGCCUGUUGAAUUUCAGCCAAAGGCUCAUGUUGUAACCGGGGGAAAGCAGUCACAAAAUUCUAAAAAUAAACAACCAUCAUCUUUUAAACCAAUAAAGGCCAAAUUAAAAAUUGCAAAGAAACCAAAGGCAAACCGGCCAUGCUGGAACUGUGGACAGAUGGGGCAUUGGGCCAAAUUAUGCCCAAAUAAAAAGGCUAAGGCUCAAUCUGGUGGACCUCAAGUCAACGUGGUGACUAGAGGAACUAGUUCCGAUGGCCAGCGGUUGGAAGAACAGUGAUGAUGGGAAACACAAGUGCUGCUAGUGUGCAUGGAGUUGGAAAAGUAGAAAUAAAAUUUCCUUCGGGAAAAAUACUUACUUUGCAUGGAGUGCAUCACGUUCCCGAAAUUAGAAGGAACAUUGUUAGUGGUUCCAUUCUAGUUAGGGAGGGUUAUGAGUUAUCUUUUAAAUUUAAUAAAGUUGUAAUUUUAUUUGGUGGACUUUUUAUUGGCAAGGGUUACUUGUCGGAUGGACUUUUUAAGAUUGUGGUUGAUUAUUUUGAAUUAAAUUAUGUAUCUGAGAAUUGUGAUUCUUCAACUUUAUGGCAUUAUCGUUUGGG